AGGGCCUCUUCCCCAAGACGUGCGACGUGCCGCAGUGCAACCUCGGCGCCGGCGCGCCCGUGCAGGCCCAAGGCCUCAAGGUCGGCGUGGUGCUCAGCGGCGGGCAGGCGCCUGGCGGCCACAACGUCGUGGCCGGGAUCUACGACGCCGUGAAGCGCACCGGGGCGGGCUCCGAGUGCUACGGGUUCCUCGACGGCCCCCACGGCGUCUUCUCUGGCAACGUCACGAGGAUCGACGACACCAUGAUGGACGGGUACCGGAACACCGGCGGCUUCGAUAUGAUCGGCAGCGGCCGCCACAAGAUCGAGACCCCGGAGCAGUUCGAGGCCUCGGUGAACACCUGCAAGCAGCUGGACCUGGACGGCCUCAUCGUUAUCGGCGGGGACGACUCCAACACCAACGGCGCACUGCUGGCGGAGCAUUUCGCAGCUCAGGGCUGCAAGACCAAGGUCAUCGGCUGCCCCAAGACCAUCGACGGCGACCUGAAGUGCCCGCCCAAUAUCCCCGUGUCCUUCGGCUUCGACACGGCCUGCCGGACCUAUUCGGAGCUGGUCGGCAACGUCGCCCUGGACGCCCUGUCUGCCCAGAAGUACUACCACUUCUGCCGGCUCAUGGGCCGCUCGGCCUCCAACAUCGCCCUCGAGGUUGCGCUGCUGACGCAUCCGAAUGUCUGUCUUCUCGGCGAGGAAGUGGAGCAGAAGGAUAUGAGCUUGAAGGAGCUCACUGGGCAGCUCGUCGACAUGAUCAGGAAGCGCUCGCAGGAUGGGAAGAACUACGGCGUUGUGGUGCUGCCCGAGGGCCUGAUCGAGUUCAUCCCCGAGUUCAACAAGAUGAUCUCCGAGAUCAACGAGCUGGGGGACGGGCUCCAGGAGGAGGACGUGCUGGCCAAGCUCACCCCCGAGAACGCGGAGAAGUUCCGCUUCCUGCCCGGCUUCCUGCGCGCCCAGCUGCUGAUGGACCGCGACCCGCACGGGAACGUGCAGGUGGCCAAGAUUGAGACCGAGAAGCUCCUGGCCUCGUGCAUCGAGCAGGAGCUCCAGCGCCUGAAGGACGCGGGCGAGUUCUCCGGCACCUUUCAGGCGCAGUUCCACGCCUUCGGCUACGAGGGCCGCGCGGGGCUGCCAAGCCGCUUUGACGCCACCUACUGCUACGUGCUUGGUUACACCGCCGGCGCACUGCUGGCCGCGGGGCGCACGGGCCUUAUCUCGUCGGUGCAGAAUUUGGGCAGGCCUGUGGCCGAGUGGGUGUGCGGCGGCGUCCCCGUCACCAGCCUCUGCGUGGUGGAGCGGCGCAAGGGCAAGGACAAGCCAGUCAUCCGCAAGGCGCUGGUGGAGCUUGACGGGCCCAUGUCGCAGCCCUUCCAGGCCUGGGCGUCCAUGCGCGGUCGCUUGGCCAUGGAGGACUUCUACCAGUGCCCGGGGCCGCUUCAGUUCGACCACGCCUGCCCGUUCAGCCUGGCGCUGCCCGUCACGCUGGCCCUGGAGCUCGGCGGCAAGACGGAGCCGCUGCCGGCGGCGAAGCAGGAGACGACCAACUAUGGCGGCUUCCUGUACUGCCCCCGCCCCAUCGAGCAGCGCUCGCCCCUGCAGCGGUGGCGAACAAACGGCGCCAGCAAGUCGCACUCCGCAGUCGACGUGGGCCGCGCCAAUAUGG